UUAUUUCUUAUUUGAAUGGCCUCAUCUCCGUUAUGUCAUGCAGGUAUUGACCGACUGGAGAAGUUGUGUGCCGCUAAGUUCCAUCUCAUCGUUCCACCGAAGUUCAAAAUGCCUAAGGUGGUUGGAGCGGCAGCUUCCAAGAUCGUUAAAAGAGGAGACUACAUCUCCGUGACGGCGAGGAACAAUGCCAGUGAGAGCAGUGAGACCGCCACAACUACCAUCACAAGCUCCACUGAGAACGAGUCAACCAACAGCGCUGCUAGUGAUGCUUCUGAGCGUAAUAAAAACAGUUUGUCUGAAGCUAGUACACCCGUGUCAUCAUCUACACCACAUGAAGGUUCUGAAGUUCAAGAUGAAGCCAUUACUCACGAGGAAAAAUCUCCAAACAAAAGUUCCUCUAUCACGUUUCCUGUCAAUAGAUGUUCCGUUGCUGGUAUAUCUGGCGACAAUAGUAAUACUGCUGCUACAGAAACCACAGGCAGAGAUGCCUGUGUCGACCGUCGAUGCGACGCCACUGAGACCAGAGGACCUUGCAAGCGGCCGGUGUCGGCCGCACGCUCCUCUGCCAAGAAGAGUAAAGUUUGUCGACGCAGCCGCCCGCACCUCACAGUGAACCCCACCAAGUCCGCGGACAGCACCAACUUACUUUUUGCUGGACUUGUGUCAGGGGCUCGUGGAGGCACGGUCGUGUCUAUUGACGACCAACUUUCUGGCGACGAUUGUGACGAGGACUGUGAGCACGACGAUAGUGAAAGAAACGACGUGUCAAUGAUUAGUUCAGACUCCGCUUAUGAGGCAACAGAUGUAAUGUUACGGGAGUCUUGUGACGAAGAUUUGCUCGACGUAGCUGAGAGUACAAGUUCGAGACAACUUUUGGCUGAUAGAACUUGUAAUCAACUUAAUGGAGAUGAAGGCAGCUGAGUAACUCAGAUAUUAGUGAUAGGUUUGUGUUUUCCCACUGUUUUCUCAUGAUAGUCAUUCGUGUAAUUUCACUACUUCGGUCAGUUAAGACAGAAGUAUAAUUGUAACCCAUUUUUAGUUCUAGAGGCGUUAGUUCGAUCAAUAAGCACGAAAUGUUUUUGUUAGAAAUAUGGCUGUGCUCGAUACUUUCGUCUGUGCGACGUGUCAUGAUAUUCCCUCGAGUGCAGACUACAGUAAGGGUUUGAUAAAUGAAUACGUUGAACUUGCGACGAUUACAGUGCUCAUUAUUUCUCGUGUAUAACUUAGGUAUUUACUGCACCAGAUACUAAUGUGAUAACUCAUCUUUCAACAAUGCCAUUGGGAAGAUUCAGUUCAUGUUAUUUCGAUACAAAUAUGCAUUAUUCAUAUUUUUAUGAAACAAAUUUGGAAAUAAGUGAAGCUACUUUUUGGUGAUUUUUAAGCGGCGUAUCUGAUUGGUUCUUCAAGCUUUCAACCAAUUAAAUCAUAGUACCAAACCCGUUCUAAUCCUGUUUCAUUACGAUCGUGAUCAUAACUGUUGAAUUCAAGUAUUUCUGAUAGUUGAACGUAACAUGCACCCCACUGAUCUAACACUUGGAAAAGUUUUUAAUGACGGUCGUUCAUGUUUUCGAUGUGUCUCCUGAAUAACUGGACGAAAGUGACGUAUCUGCACCUGAUUUUAUCUUGAUCGUAAUCUUGUAAGUUAUUUCCUAGUUUAACUUAGCAGUUUCUCAUGCAUUAUAUUGAACUAAUUUAUCCUCAUUCGUGCCUCAUGUUCAUUUUACUGCUCACACCGUAGAAAUAUUGUUGAUUUUUGUGCGAAUGUCGACGGAAUCGCUUUUCGUGUCUGUGAAAAAUUCUGUUGAACUAUGGAAACCUUCAUUGCUUCGUUGCUAUCAAAUUUUUUACCAGAGUAUUAACUCCAAUGUCCACGACAGAUUUUGCUUUGCUAAGCCUGAUUAAGGAGCUGAUUAUAAUGCCCAAAAAAAAUCGAUCAACAAAUAAAAAAACACCUUCCUCAUUCUCCCAGAGUUCCGAUAUCAUUCAAAGCCAUAUUUUGGAGGGAAUCUUAUGCGUUUUCUAGACCAUUUGCCUCUUUAUUGUAGGUCUUGUUUUAAUUUUCAUGCACAUUAUCUACAUGAACAGCAAAAUGUCUACAUAAAAUCUAUUUGUUUUGCGGUUGCCAUACAUGUUAGUUAAGUUUUGUGCAUGGUAUCAUAUGCUGUCUCCUUGGGCAUAAUUUAUUUAUGUAGUGACGCUGGAACCGUUGCAGAGAAAGUUGUAACGUUCAUAGUUUCUCACGUCCGAUGUAUGCAUGAAGAAAACUCGUAGUUACCACGUAUUAUAAUAUUUCUCUUGUCUGAAACUGCAUGAAAGAGACAUCACUUUGUAAAUACGAAGGCGUGCCCCAACCCGUCAACGUGAAGAGAUUUCUCCUGUCGGUCCUAGUUAAGUCCUUGUAUAUUCUGUGAUUAUGCUUGCUCUGCUAGAGUUUCCUUCCAACAGCAAAUCCUUACAUUUGUA